AUGCUGUUCCUAGUCCAGGUCAUCCUCACCCUGUGGGUCUCCUCGGCUCAUGGACAAGGAAGAACUUGUGGUUUUCCAGAAAUAAAACAUGGAAGCAUAUAUGAGGAAAACAGAUAUAAGCCAACCUUCCCAGUGGCUACGGGGAAAUACUUCUACUACUCCUGUGACCACAGCUUCGUGUCUCCUUCACGGUCACUCUGGACUCAGAUCAACUGCACGGAGGGAGGAUGGUCGCCCACCCCGAGGUGUAUCCGACAGUGCUUCUUCCCGUGGGUGGAAAAUGGCCAUUCCACAUCUGCAGGGCGGACGCACCAGGAAGGGGACAGCGUACAGAUCGUCUGUGAUAAGGGCUACAGCCUCGCCAAUAACCAGGAUGUCAUCACGUGUGCGGAACGGGGCUGGUCCACGGCCCCGACAUGCAGCCGCAUCAAUUCUGCAGAAAAAUGUGGGCGUCCUCCUGCUAUUGACAAUGGAGACAUUACCACCUUCCCAUUAUCAGUCUACGCUCCCGGGUCUUCAGUGGAGUAUCAGUGCCAGGCCUACUAUGAACUUGAGGGAAACAGGAGAAUAACGUGCCGUGAUGGACAGUGGUCUGAACCACCCAAAUGCUUGAGUGCAUGUGUAAUAUCAGAAGAAAACAUGAAUGAACAUAACAUAGAGUUGCAAUGGUCAUAUGAGAAAAAAAUUUAUAUUAGAACAAACGAUUAUGUUGAAUUUAGGUGUCGACGUGGCUAUCGUCAAGUGUCACCAGCAUCUGCAUUCCGAGCACAAUGUCGAGAAGGGAAAGUGGAGUAUCCCACUUGUGCAUAAAAUGAGAGCUAUGCGGCAGUUUUCACAUUAAAAUAUGCUCCUUCAUUCAGAACUUUUAAAUAUUAAUCCAGUUCUUCUCAAUUUACUUUUCUGUAACUCACUUUUACUCAUUGCUCAGAAUUUGCUUUAAAUACCAUGUGGAAGAUGUCAUUGCAAUCUAAGAGACCGACGGAUUUCUUCUCAUAAGCAUCUCAUUAAAAUGUGACAAGCCAACAUACCAUGUGUUCUGUUCAUGAAACGUCUCUGGCCAGAAAUCCCCUCAGUGCCUGUCUCUA